CGAGGACUCUGUCUUGGUUCCCUGGACUCCCAGCACGCGCACAGAGCCCGACAUUGGGCUUAGUAAACACCGUUGGAUACAAGCGGUUCAGAGGGGCACCCUGUGCUGUUGUGAGGAUUGAGGAGCUCAUAAUUUAUUCAUGUCGCCUGCGUAUGUGAAGUGAUUGCAGGGAUUUAUAAGCCAGAGGGGCGAGCAGAAGUAUAAGAGAAAGUUUGUUUAGAAAGUUCAGAGGUGGUAGAAGUGAGCCAGCUGGGCUGCAUGGGCUCAGGAGACAAGUCACAGAAGCAAAAGAAGGGCCCGUGGAGCUCAGGAGAGAGGACCACAAAGGGGUCCUUUGGUGAAUUUUGUCAUGGUUGUUUAAGGAGCGUCACCUAGACGUCCCAGCGCGCAGUUCCCAUCAACGGGAAGGCUCGGACUCCAAGAUGAUUAUAAAGGAGUAUCGGAUCCCUCUGCCGAUGACCGUGGAGGAGUACCGCAUCGCUCAGCUCUACAUGAUACAGAAAAAGAGCCGCGAUGAGACGUAUGGCGAAGGCAGCGGCGUGGAGAUCCUGGAGAACCGGCCGUACACGGACGGCCCUGGUGGCUCUGGGCAGUACACGCACAAGGUGUACCACAUCGGCAUGCAUAUCCCCAGCUGGUUCCGCUCCAUCCUGCCCAAGGCCGCCCUGCGGGUGGUGGAAGAGUCCUGGAACGCCUAUCCCUACACACGAACCAGAUUCACUUGCCCUUUUGUGGAGAAAUUCUCCAUCGACAUUGAGACCUUUUAUAAAACCGAUGCCGGAGAAAACCCCGACGUGUUCAGCCUGUCUCCCGUGGAAAGGAACCAGCUGACGAUCGAUUUCAUCGACAUCGUCAAGGACUCCGUGCCCCCCAACGAGUACAGGACGGAAGAGGACCCCAAGCUGUUCCGCUCGACCAAGACGCAGCGGGGGCCCCUGUCGGACAACUGGAUCGAGGAGCACAAGCAGCAGCUGCUCCCCAUCAUGUGUGCCUACAAGCUGUGCAAGGUGGAGUUCCGCUACUGGGGCAUGCAGUCGAAGAUCGAGAGGUUCAUCCACGACACGGGCCUGCGGAAGGUGAUGGUCAGGGCGCACCGGCAGGCCUGGUGUUGGCAGGACGAGUGGUACGGGCUGAACAUGGAGAACAUCCGGGAGCUGGAGAAGGAGGCCCAGCUCAUGCUGUCCCGAAAGAUGGCCCGGUUCAACGAGGACGACGAGGGGGCCGAAGAGCUGGCCAAGGGUGAAGCCGGCCAGGACCAGGUCCCCGGGGAGGCACCCCAGCCCAGCAGCAUCGGCGAGCCCCUGGCCGGCCGGGGCCUGAAGAAGCAGUGGUCCACGUCCUCCAAGUCCUCACGGUCGUCCAAGAGGGGAGCCAGCCCUUCCCGCCACAGCAUCUCGGAGUGGAGGAUGUACAGCAUCGCCCGGGACUCGGACGGGAGCUCGGGCGACGAGUUCUUCGAUGCCUGCGAGGACCUGUCCGACUCCGAGGGGCUGUUCCCCAAGGACAUCACCAGAUGGACCUCCACUGACCUCAUGGACAACAUCGAAAGCCCUGAGCCGCAGGACACGCAGGACGGUCUGUACCGCCAGAGUGCACCCGAGUUCAGGGUGGCCUCCAGUGUGGAGCAUCUGAACAUCAUCGAGGACGAGGUCAGCCCGCCGCUGGCCAUGCCGCCCUCCAAGACCCACGUGCUGCUGCUGGUGCUGCACGGAGGUACCAUCCUGGACACGGGCGCCGGGGACCCCAGCUCCAAGCAGGGCGACGCCAACACCAUGGCCACCGUGUUCGACACCGUCAUGCGCGUGCACUACCCCAGCGCCCUGGGCCGCCUCGCCAUCCGCCUGGUGCCCUGCCCGCCCGUCUGCUCCGAUGCCUUCGCCCUGGUCUCCAACCUCAGCCCGUACAGUCACGACGGAGGCUGUCUGUCCAGCAGCCAGGACCACAUCCCCCUGGCGGCCCUGCCCCUGCUGGCCACCUCCUCACCCCAGUACCAGGAGGCAGUUGCCACGGUGAUUCAGCGGGCCAACCUCGCCUAUGGGGACUUCAUCAAGUCCCAGGAGGGUGUGACCUUCAGCGGGCAGGUCUGCCUGAUCGGGGACUGUGUCGGGGGCAUCCUGGCGUUCGACGCCUUGUGCUGCAGCAGCCAGCCGGUGUCCGAGAGUCAGGGCAGCAGCCGCAGAGGCAGUGUGGCCAGUGUGCAGGAUGCCGACCUGCUGUCCCCGGGCAUCCUGGCGAAUCCGUCACACGGCGGCGGCGGCGGCAACCUGGAGAGCAGUCGGCACCUGAGCCGCAGCAACAUCGACAUCCCCCGUAGCAAUGGCGCCGAGGACCCCAAACGGCAGCCGCCCCGAAAGAGGAGUGACUCGUCCACCUACGAGCUGGACACCAUCCAGCAGCACCAGGCCUUCCUGUCCAGCCUCCACGCCAGCGUGCUGAGGAACGAGCCCAGCUCCCGCCGCUCAAGCAGCUCCACCAUGCUGGACUGCACGGGGGCCCUGGGCAGGUUCGACUUUGAAAUCGCUGACCUCUUCCUCUUCGGGUGCCCACUGGGGCUGGUCCUGGCCUUGAGAAAGACCGUCAUCCCCAGCCUGGAUGUCUUCCAGCUGCGGCCGGCCUGCCAGCAAGUGUACAACCUGUUCCACCCCGCGGACCCGUCGGCGUCGCGCCUGGAGCCCCUGCUGGAGCGGCGGUUCCACGCCCUGCCGCCCUUCAGCAUCCCCCGCUACCAGCGCUACCCGCUGGGGGACGGCUGCUCCACGUUGCUGGUCGAGACCGUGCAGAGAAACCCUGAGCUGGUCCUGGAGGGCGGCCCCCUGACCCCUCUCCCCGGGGACGGCUUCUUGGAAACCAGUAUCCCAGUUCCCGAGCUCACCUGGCAAGAUGGGCCCCGCCCGAGCCCGGGCUGUGCUGAGUCGGAGGCGCUCCAGGCUCACAGCACGGUCUUCCAAGAGCACACAGCCCCCUCCUCGCCCGGGGCAGCCCCCACCACCCGAGGGUUCCGCCGAGCCAGUGAGAUCAGCAUCGCCAGCCAGGUGUCCGGCAUGGCCGAGAGCUACACGGCAUCCAGCAUUGCCCAAAUCGCUGCGAAGUGGUGGGGCCAGAAGCGGAUCGACUACGCCCUGUACUGCCCCGACGCCCUGACAGCCUUCCCCACGGCCGCCCUGCCGCACCUCUUCCACGCCAGCUACUGGGAGUCCACGGACGUGGUGUCCUUCCUGCUGAGACAGGUCAUGAGGCACGACAGCUCCAGCAUCUUGGAGCUGGACGGCAAGGAGGUCUCGGUGUUCACCCCCUCGAAGCCGCGGGAGAAGUGGCAGCGCAAGAGAACCCACGUGAAGCUGCGGAACGUGACAGCCAACCACCGGAUCAGUGACGCGGUUGCCAACGAGGAUGGCCCACAGGUUCUGACGGGCCGGUUCAUGUACGGGCCCCUGGACAUGGUCACCCUGACUGGGGAGAAGGUGGAUGUGCACAUCAUGACACAGCCUCCCUCGGGGGAGUGGCUGUACCUGGACACCCUGGUGACCAACAGCAGCGGGCGCGUCUCCUACACCAUCCCUGAGGCCCACCGCCUGGGCGUGGGCGUCUACCCCGUGAAGAUGGUGGUCAGGGGCGACCACACUUUUGCUGACAGCUACAUCACCGUGCUGCCCAGGGGCACGGAGUUCGUGGUCUUCAGUAUUGACGGCUCCUUUGCCGCCAGCGUGUCCAUCAUGGGCAGUGACCCCAAAGUUCGGGCUGGGGCCGUGGACGUGGUGCGGCACUGGCAGGACCUGGGCUACCUCAUCAUCUAUGUGACGGGCCGGCCCGACAUGCAGAAGCAACGGGUCGUGGCGUGGCUGGCCCAGCACAACUUCCCCCACGGCGUGGUGUCCUUCUGUGACGGCCUGGUGCACGACCCACUGCGACACAAGGCCAACUUCCUGAAGCUGCUCAUCUCCGAGCUGCACCUGCGUGCGCAUGCAGCCUACGGCUCCACCAAGGACGUGGGGGUCUACAGCGCCAUCAGCCUGUCCCCCAUGCAGAUCUACAUUGUGGGCAGGCCCACCAAGAAGCUGCAGCAGCAGUGCCAGUUCAUCACAGACGGCUACGCAGCCCACCUGGCCCAGCUUAAGUAUAACCACCGGGCGCGGCCAGCCCGCAACACGGCCACCCGCAUGGCACUGCGCAAGGGCAGCUUCGGCCUGCCCGGCCAGAGUGACUUCCUGCGCUCCCGGAACCACCUGCUCCGCACCAUCUCGGCCCAGCCCAGCGGCCCGGGUCUCAGGCACGAGCGGACGCAGGGCCAGCUGCCGGACGGCGAGCCACGGGGCCAGCGCAGCAUGAGCGUGGCGGCCAGCUGCUGGGGCCGAACCACGGCUGGCCGGCUGGAGCCAGGGGCAGCCACCGGCCCCAAGUAGGGCACCUCAGCAAGGCACUGUGGUCUCCAUGGUGCUAGGCCAGGCGGCCAGCCCACCAGGAGGCCUGGCCUGGGCAUAUGCCGUCAGCUGGGGACAGACUUGUCCCAGGGCCCAGCAGAGGACACCGGCCGUGCCACACUGCGCUCCCAGCCCUGCCUCGUGUCCUAGGUCCUGAGGGGUUCCCAUUGUCAUGGAAGCUGGCGGGACAGCCCGCCCCAGGACGACAGAAGGUCCAGGACCCCCCCGGGGACCGGCCUUGAAGGUACUCCUGAACAACGGCCCUGCAUUGACCUCGCGGCAUCCUGACUCCAGGCCGGGCCCUGCCUGCCACCUUCCUGGCCACUAGCUUGCCCUGACCCCCACGACCCCUCCCACCUGGAAGCAGCUCCAAGCGGGGGGACGGCCUGCUUCUUGUUGACUCAAGUUAACUCUUCAACCUCACUGGUUUGCACUGAUUUUUGAGAGCAGAGUUUAAUACCCAACUCCUGUGGCUACAGACCCAUCACACGCAUGAAAAUCCAACUUUUGCUGAUCCAGGACCUAGUGCCACACAGAAGGCUCCGGGGCACAAAUCCCUGUGAGAGCAGGACAGAAAGGCCAUAUCUCCACUUCGGCCGCUCC